UGACAUGAAAGUUAGUUUGAUCCAACUUAAAAUUCAUGCAAAAAAAAUAAUAAUAAUUGUAAGGCAGCAAAUGUAGUGCCAACAUCAUCCUGGAGUCAUGGAAAUAGCCAUACACAUAAAUGACCGGAACUACAACACUAUCCUAUGGUGUCUAAAUACACAAUGCAUAUUAAUGUAAAGCUCACAUGAAAAAAUCUCAUGUUUCUGGAUACGAUGAAUCUAAAACACGUUCAUGUCACAUAUAAAUAUCGGUACACCUGAGCCAGAAAAACAAACAUUUACCAACCAAGAACAAGUUUGUCUAACCUGAACGAAAUGGCUGGAGGUAUGUCUGUAAUGUUGCAACUUAUUUGUAAUAUACCAUUGACAAUUAUAUGUGAUUUCAUGCUUUUUAUUUUACAGUUAAACUAAUUUACUGUAAAUUGUGAAAUAAUUUAUUGAAUCGUGUUUUGAUGAAUGAAUUUAUUAUGGUUUGAUCUUGAUUGCAUUGUUUAAUCUCUGUGUUGUCCUCUAGCAUUGGUGCUGUUACAGUUAGUGGCGGUUAGUUUGCUGGUGAAUCAAGGGAAAGCCUCCGAAAACCAGCGGCUCUUCAACAACGCCGUCAUCCGUGUGCAACACCUGCACCAGCUGGCAGCAAAAAUGAUAAACGACUUUGAGGAAGGUCUUAUGCCCGAGGAGCGCAGACAGUUGAGUAAAAUCUUCCCUCUGUCGUUCUGCAACUCUGACUCCAUUGAGACGCCGACUGGAAAAGAUGAAACGCAGAAGAGCUCUAUGUUGAAGCUGCUUCGUAUCUCUUUCCGCCUCAUUGAAUCCUGGGAGUUUCCCAGCCAGACCUUGAGCUCCACCAUCUCAAACAGCCUGACCAUCGGAAACCCCAACCAGAUCACUGAAAAACUGGCGGACCUGAAAAUGGGCAUCAGCGUGCUCAUCAAGGGAUGUCUUGAUGGACAGCCAAAUAUGGAUGACAACGACUCCCUGCCGCUGCCUUUUGAAGAUUUCUACCUGACCAUAGGGGAGAGCACUCUCAGAGAGAGCUUUCGCCUGCUGGCUUGCUUCAAGAAGGACAUGCACAAGGUGGAAACUUACCUGAGGGUUGCAAAUUGCAGGAGAUCCCUGGAUUCCAACUGUACCCUGUAGAGGGCGUCAAUGUAUUGCUAAAGCCUGUAAAACGUUUUUUUUUUUCUCUUCUGCUAAUCUAAGACCAGUUUACAUUCCUAAAACCUAAAGUAACUAUGAUCUGGUCCUUUAUAUGCAGGAACGCCAAGCAGGCAUGGCUGGAUCUGUGCUUUAUUUCCCUCCCAUAUUUAAAUCUUAUAUCUACCACUAUUGUAUUUAUUCUUCUUAUUGGAGAGUAUACUUAUCGUUUAAAGAUGUUCCUAAAACACAAAUAUUGAUUCUUAUUUAAUGUUUGAAUCUUAUUCACAGUGGUGCUAAGCAAUUCCUGGCAAUAUUUACUUAAAUGUGCCAAAAUUGACUUUAGUCAAAGUGCUAAUAUUGUGCUUUGGUAUAUAUUAUAUCUAAAAUGGUUAAAGAUCAGUGUUCAAAGGGUUCACUCCCAAAUGUGUGAAUGAAAACAUUUGUCUGAUUAUUCCCUCAUUAUUAGCUCAUCCUGUUCUUUUCAAACUGUAUCUAUUAAAGUUUUCAAAUGCA